CGGCCAUGUGCGAAUAUAUAUGGAAAACUGAACGGACGUUGGACGCACGUAGGCAUCAACUCAUGGUUCACGCACGGAAGUGGCGUAGACAAGGCAGUCAUGUUUCACCUGUGGAAUCUGACAAAUGCGACGAAUAGGCGGCACCGGACGAUAGUGCGUGGGUUUGAUUUUCAGAAAUGGAAGUUGACUCUCGACACCGGAUGAAGACUUCGUGGAAGCGUUUACCAGCAACACCGGAUGGCAACAGAUGACGACGUUAGGCUGAUACUGAUCAGGUCUGACGAGCUGAUGAUGGAGCAACCGGCCGUGAGCGAGACUAUCAAUGGGGGUACGUACGCGAAACACAAAAACCCCGAACGAAUGCUUCAGUCGGUCGAACGGCUUACGCAGGAGCUGGUGUCCCAGUUGGAAGAACGGCACGUGCGUACUAACCCGGAGGAAUGCAGUUCGAUCGUUACCGGCGUACAGUUCAAGAUAGGCGAAAAGGUAACAACGGGGCCGGGUGGAACGGUUGCCUUGGCGCUGAACGAUCGUCUGCACGGUGAUCCGCGGGUGGGAUUGAUUGUGGACGAUGAAGGCAAUCGGGAGAGCGAAGAACCACCAUCCAUUCUGUAUCAAAUGUCGAUGCCGUUUGUGCAGCACAUCCCGGUCGUGCUUAAUUCAAUCGAUUGCAUCUCGCUUGCGCCUUAA